AUGGCUGGCAUGCAUUUCUCCUUUCAAUUCGGCGACCUCGCUACAUUCGAGUCCACCUUCUUGUAUCAUAAAAUCGAGGUGAUGCGUGUCAUCAAUCGAUGGAUCGCAUCGGGAGAUUACAAACUCGAAGCAGCGAUUAUUAGAGAAAUGGCCACAUUGGCUUUCACAGAGGCAUGUCAUGGGGAGCUCGUUGCUGCCGAGACUCACAUCAGUGGCAUUCUGGCGCUGAUUGAGACUGCUCGACCUGAUAAAAGUGACCCGACACGAUCUGAUUGCUGUUCCACCGAUCGGGAGCUAGCUAACCGCUAUUUCGUAAUGUCGUAUGUCUACAUCACUGGCCUCAAGAGUUUACUCAGCGGCAUUUGUCGAACUGGCGGCCACGGCAACAGUCUCGAUGCUAUACCGGGUCGAAACCUACUCAAGUUAUCGCAUACAUGGCACAUGAGCGAAGCCAUGGAGAACCUCGGUCUUAAGCUUCAAGCCAUUCGCUUAUUCCCAUUCUUCUUCAGCCCACUGUCGCAGGGAGCUCGGCUUAACAACGCUGACGGACAAGUGAUCAUCAACUCUAUAAGGGAUUUUACCGCUGCACAGGAUUGUAUAUUCAAAGAUACAGGUGCAGAAACAGCAGAUGGGAAGUUUGAAGGUUUUUGGCGUAAAGGCCCUGCAUCAAGGAUACUGGGAGAAUAUGUUACGGCACAUAUCGAAUCUAUCUCCGUACCUGGAAAGAAAGAGAAGAGUCCUGAUAUGACUCCUUCGUCAUUCGUCGGGCCAUGGUGCGGAUUGACUAUCGCCUCUAUCUUCUACAUGCAGGAUGUUCUCGGGGCCCUGGAGUACGUCGAUAAACGGAUUCAUAAGUAUGCCGUUACGUUACUCCAACACGAUGUUGGAAAGGUACUUGCCUCGAAGGACGCACCAAAAAACGAGGCGUUCAUGUUAUGGCAGACACUGGUCGGGCUGAUAGCCUGCCUGCGCGCUCUCAAGGGCAAUGAGCAAGAUAGAGGUUUGUUAUCAGCCAGACAGUUCUUUGAGGAGGCUUUGAAGCAGCAAGCAGCGACUUUGGGAACCGCAACUUGGUCGCAAGCAAAGGGCACGCUACGGAGGGUGGCAUGGCCUAUGGGGACUAUUGGUCGGGAAUUUAUAGAAGAGCUAUGGGAAAAUAUAGUUACUGGGCUUUAUAGAGAUUAA